CUACCCACACACACACACUCUUUAUCUCUCUACUCUAGCUCCAAAGCGUAAGGGGGAACACAACAUGGGUGCUGCGUCAUCUACCAGAAAAAGAAAAGAUUAAUUUAAUUUAAUGUCAGUUGAGUUGAAUCGUCGACGGAUCUAACCUCCUUCUCCCAGAUCUCCAUUUCAGUAGGCUUGCCAAAUCUCUGUCACACCUUACUUUAUUAAGCAACAAACCAAUGUUGACUUCACCUUCACAUUCUCGAUAAUGGAGUCAACCAUUGCAGAUUCGAUUUAACAUCUAGCUAGAUCCCGAUGAAACGAUCCGUCCGGCCUCUCUUCAGCGCCCUCCUCUUCUGCUUCCUCGCCGCGACGCUCAUCUGCAGAGUCGCGAUUCGCCGGAGAAGCUUCUCCUUCAGCUCGGCGAUAGCCGAGCUCGGCAGCACGUCGGGGUUCGUGACCGCCGAGGAGGUCGUGUUCAACGAGACGCUGCUCGAGUUCGCCGCCGUCGAUCCCGGCGAGCCGAAGCUCAGCCAGGAGGUCGAUCUGAUCUCCGAUUACGACAACACUCGGAGAAGCCACCGUCGCUACUUCAGCUCGAUCGAUACCCGCCGCCGCGGCGGUGGAAGCAGCAGAAAAUACGUCCCUUCCAAGUUUCCGGUAACGACGCUUCGCUCCUCCCUUCAGGUCUCUCGUUACUGGUCAGAGUUUAGAAGAAACCUUAGGCUAUGGACUCGUACCAGAAAAGCUUACGAACCUCAUGUAAUGCUGGAUCUGAUCCAACUAGUCAAGAACCGGAUCGAUUCUAAACAAAACGGCGUCGUUUCGCUCUCUAGAAGAUACUCGUCUUGUGCGGUGGUUGGUAAUAGUGGCACAUUGCUGACUAGCCACUACGGUGAACUCAUUGAUAAACAUGAGAUAGUGAUCCGUCUCAACAACGCGAAAACGCAGCGUUUUGAGAACAAGGUCGGAUCCAAAACGAGCGUUUCUUUCAUAAACAGCAACAUUCUCCACCAAUGCGCGAGGAGAGAGCGUUGCCACUGCCAUCCUUACGGAGAAACAGUCCCCAUCGUCAUGUACAUCUGCCAGCCGAUUCAUUUAUUGGACUACACCGUCUGCAAACCCUCUCAUCCCUCUCCUCUGGUCAUCACGGACCCGAGAUUCGACGUCCUGUGCGCUAGGAUCGUGAAGUACUACUCUGUCAAGAAGUUCUUGGAAGAGAGUAAGAGAGCGGAAGGGUUUGGGGAUUGGAGUAAAAGUCACGAAGGGUCUUUGUUUCAUUACUCGUCGGGUAUGCAGGCGGUGAUGCUCGCGGUGGGGGUCUGUGAGAGAGUUAGCGUAUUCGGGUUCGGGAAGUCGAAUUCGACCAAGCAUCAUUACCAUACGAAUCAGAAAACAGAGCUGAAGCUUCAUGACUAUGAAGCGGAGUACAGAUUGUAUCACGACCUGGAGAACAAUCCCAGGGCGAUUCCUUUCUUGCCGAAAGCAUUCAAGAUCCCUUCGGUGAAAGUUUACCAUUGAGUAUAGUGUAUAACCGUUGAAAGAAGUUUUGUCAGAGAGAAGCUUGUGCUCUGUCACUUUAGGGUACGAGUGUUCUAUACAAUUUGGAUUUGUCAUGUCACACAUAUUGAUGAAAAUGUAUGGUAAAUUUUAGAAGAUAUUCUUACA